AUGCAUGAUGAUACCUUCUCAGUUUCAUCGCAGGAUACAGUUGUUUCGAGGCUUUCUGACUUCACACAAUGCACCAACACUACUUUCUCGAAGAUCCACCGUCUCUGGAAAUCUGGAUCAGAUCUUCAGGAAUCGGUUCUGUCAGUUUUAGCGGCCGUCACUGAGGUGAUAAAAGGCAAGGGUGGUGAGGAAAAUGAGGUGGAGUACUUUGCGGCUCUCUUGUCGUCGCUAACCAAUGCUGACCAACCAAACUCAGUCGUUGCCGCUGAACUCUAUCUGCUCAGUCUGGUGAUCAAUAAAGUACCGAAAGCACUCUUGAUUGACAAGUUUGCGAAAAUCAUCGAUGUAUUGCAUCCACUGUUGCCAGUGCUUAUGACGACCGUUAACGACAAAGGUGUUCGUUACCUAUUGAAAUGCCUUGGCGUUCUGCUCAGCGCACAACCAGCAGACAUCUGGGAAUGCAGCAGCAAUGAGAGAUUGCUUGAAUCGAUGCUGAUGCUCAUCGUAACUCCAAAGCCUUCGGUACGCAAGGCAGCUCAAGGGGCUGUCGCUUCGAUUGUCUCAUCGGGCCCUGAAAAUAAGGUGGCAGCGAAGGUGUGUUCCCAGUUUUGUCUGCGAUCGCUUAAACAUGCUGCCAGUAUCCCUUCUAGCCAGCGGUCUCUCGUUCUUUGCACUUUGAACCUGCUGCGUUAUGUGUUACACCGAUUCACAUCCGAGAUGGUGAAGCAGGUGUGUGAGGCAAUGUUCCACUUAAUGACCGUCGGUGAUCGAGUUAUAUCCUCUACAGUCAUCACAGUGUUGUUGCACGUAUUCCGAAUGCGGCCUACUAAAUCGACCAUGCCAAAGGAGUUGAAUGCGCAGCUGAUUUGCGCCCUGUACGAUUUCCAGCCGCCUGUCGAAGACUCCUCGUCAUUGACUGCGUGGUUGUGCGUUAUGGAUGAGGCGCACUUGUGUCUGUACGAGAAAGACCCUCAGCUAGGCACCGCGUUUCGCGUCAAGUUUAUGCAUAGUACGCUGAAACUGCUGAAUUCAGAUUCAUCUGAGGUCGUUGCGACCGUCAUCCAGGUAUGGAAACGAACCAUAAUCGAAUACGUCGCAUACGGAGGUUCUGAUAACACGGUGCCCGUCGCCGACGAACUGCUGUCGUGUUUAAAAUCGACACUCACCAUCGCUGAUUACAUGCACAUCAUGAAGGAUAUCCUCAGUUUAUUUCAACUUUUCCUCGAAAGCCAUGGACAGCUGGGGGUCGGCUCUGAGAAUCUGAAGUUCUGUCUUGAGACGCUGGCUGAUUCGCGCGAAACAGAAAUGGUUCAUUUUGCUAAGGCAAUAGACAAGAUUUUCGGCACGGUCGCUGCGCGUCUGGGUGCUGAAAAAUUGCUCACUCUCGUACCUUUGCAGAUAAAUGAGACAAGCCCAGAAAUGAGUUUAGAUUUCCCGCGCUCCUUCCUUCUACCCGUGUUGAGAGAUUCGAUCAGAAAAGACCGCCUGAAAUAUUUUAUAUCUUAUUUUCUCCCAUUGGCUGUAAAAAUAAAAUCCCGUGUCGAUGAACUGGAGAAACAAGGCAGCGUUGCUGAAAGCCGCACAGUUCGCGUUCUUAACAUCAUGCAGUGGCAAAUGUGGGAUCUGCUGCCGGCGUUUUGCACCUCUCCAACGGACUUUGUCCAGUCAUUUCCUGACCUGGCUCCCAUCAUAGGAACGGCCUUGAUCCACCGAGCAGACAUUCGACCUUGUUUAUUGCUUGCAUUGCGAAGAGUGGUCGGUACCAAUGCCCAGGACGAAGAAAGUCGGUGUGUGUUAAAUUGCACGGCCAAAGAUUUCCUGACGAUUUUUGUACGUUUGUACUUGUCGAAUUCGAACAAUUGCGGAUAUGCCAGUGCUGCAGCGGAAAAGUCCUCGCGCCUCGACGUACUGGAAACAAUCCGUACAUGGGCACAGUUUCUGAUGGUUGUUGACGCCUCUACGUCCCCCAAAGCUAUGCGCAAAAAGCUGGUUCGUGCUUUCGAGGCGUUAUGCUUUGCUGAGACAGAUGCCUGUAAGCAGUUCUUCACUGAACACCGCCAACAGCUAUUGAAUGCAUUGCUAAACAUUGACGUUGAAAAGAUUCCCAAGGCUGCUGUUGGGUCCUGCUACCACUGCUUUUUGAAGCUGUUGAAUACUAUGCCCAUCAGGGAUGACGACUUCUGUAAAAGUAUGGUGCUCCGAGCCACCGCAGCCGUAAACGCUGAUAGCCAAAAGGUGAAGAAACGAUCUGCCGAACUGUUGCUUCGUGCAACUGAUGAACUGUUCAAAAAUAAGGGAAGCUUUGAACCGGUGGUUUGCAUUUUAUUGCCAAUGAAGUCACAUGACGAGCAGCACGUUGCUGCGAUCAUCUCGACUCUUCGUUUGCUGAUCUAUGAAUACCGUAAUGAUAUUCCGUCUGACAUACUCAGUCAGUUCUUGUCUGCGGUUUGUCCGCAGUUGUCGAACAUCAGUAGAGUCGUUGUACAGGCUUGCCUACGCUUUCUGAAGACGUUCGUCAGUCGUUUGUCAAACAUCACCGUUAAUCAGUACCUUGAAAUCAUAGUUCCGGCCAUUUUCUGUCAGCUGAGCGACUGUGCACGUCACUUCCGCUUCCUUACGAGGAUGUUGCUAUUGAAAUUGACGAGGAAGUUCAGUUAUGAGGUAAUCAACAGGUACGUUCCUGAUUCAGAGCAGGCGAGAUUAAGGUACAUUAAGAAAAGAUUGACCAGGGAGCAACGCGUGAAACUGUUGUCGAGUUCUGGCGAAAAGAAACGUGCUAUCGCAGAGAUAUCUUCAGGCAUGGCAGAGUCGCUAGCGGACUCAGUGGAAAACCUGCUGAGAGACUCUGACACGGAGUUUUCAGAUUCUGAGCUUGAAGAAACCAAGUCCGCAAAAAGUCGUUUUAGCCAGGCGACAUCCAAAUCGACGUGGAUUCGAGAAGACAACGAAGACGAAGUCCUGAACCUCCUCGACCCCCGUUUCAUUAAGCACAUAACAGUUACUGACCCAAAUGCAAGGGAAAGGGCAUCUCGGCAUGCGGAAAAGCAACGUGCUUCUGAGUUCAAAACGGCGCCUGAUGGUCGUAUAAUAAUUUCGACUGAAGAUUUGAAGAAAGGCAACAGAAAACGAGUUAGGCGUGUUGACGAAGUGCAAGCAGAAUUUGGCAACAAAACAAUGAAGAUGUCUGAAUUCGAGGAUGUUGAAGAGCUUAGUGACGUGGACGAAUCGAAAUCACUCGACGUUAAUCGUCGUAAGGCGAGGUUUUCCGCCGGAAAAUCGUCGAAAGGUGUGCGCUUUGCAGAGAAACCGAAAAAGAAGAAGGCUGUGCGCAGUGCCAAUCUUGAGCCAUACGCCUAUAUACCUUUUGAUCUGCGUUUGCUUCACAGACGCCAACGCGCGAAGGCCAAAGGCAGAUACCGCACCCUGUUUGCGAAAGUAAGAAAGGCAUAA